UGCGAUGAAUGAUUUGGAAUCUGCUGCUGCUUCUCCGUUUAUGGCUUUGGUCAGACUGCUCGGCUUUAGAGAGACGCUGUGGUGACAGGGGAACUAGUAUGGCUGGGAGCUGCGGCGGCCUCUUCUCCUCCCUGUUCGACUAUAAAACGGAAAAAUACAUCGUCGCUAACGACAAGAAAGUUGGGGUGUUGUAUAGACUCGUACAGCUGUCCAUCAUCGGUUACAUUAUUGGAUGGGUAUUCUUGACCAAGAAAGGCUACCAGGAAACAGACGAAGCCAUCCAGAGUUCUGUUAUAACCAAACUUAAAGGAGUCUCAGUCACCAACACGUCUAAGUCUGGCCUGGAGGUGUGGGGUCCGGAGGACUACGUCAUCCCACCACAGGGUGAAGCUGUUCUUUUCAUUGUAACCAAUUUCCUUGAAACGCCAGAGCAGAAGAUGGGUUACUGUGCUGAGAGCUCCAAGGUGCUGGAUGGUCACUGUAGAAGUAACCAAGACUGUGAGGAGGGAGCAAUGGUUGUGGCUGGGCAUGGAGUUAUGAGUGGGCAGUGUUUGAAAAAGGAUACAAACUCCACUGGUACCUGUGAAAUUUAUGGCUGGUGUCCCAUUGAGAGACCCUUCAAACCACAACGUCCUCUGUUGACAAAGGUGGAGAACUUCACUAUUUACAUCAAGAAUUUCAUCCGAUUUCCCAAGUUUACAUUUUCCAAGUCCAACGUCCGUGACACGACCAAUGACUCAUAUCUGAAAAACUGUCACUAUGAUGAAGAUCUCCACCCCUACUGCCCUAUAUUCCGUUUAGGAGACAUUACUAGACGAGCCGGUUAUGACUUCCAGGACAUGGACAUACGAGGAGGUGCAAUUGGUAUUCUGAUCGAGUGGAACUGUGACCUUGACAAAGGGCAUUCAAACUGCCACCCACUUUACCAAUUCACUCGACUGGACAUCAAUGUCACCAACAAGUCUGUUGCAUCAGGAUUUAAUUUCAGACAUGCCCGUUAUUACAAAAAUGCAGCUGGGGAAAGCUACCGAACCCUAUUUAAAGUCUAUGGUGUGCGGUUUAACAUCAUGGUGCAUGGAAAGGUGGGAAAGUUCAGCAUCAUCCCAACAGUCAUCAAUAUAGGCUCAGGAUUGGCUUUAAUGGGUGCUGGAGCUUUCUUUUGUGACAUGGUCCUUCUCUACCUGAUGAAGAAGAGCACCUUUUAUAGGGAGAGGAAAUUUGAAGCAUCCAGACAUAAUAAAAAUCUAGUUCACAGCAACAGCAUACAAGACAAGGAAUCAGAGCAGAAACAGCUUGCUGACCCGCCACCAGAGCUUUAGGUGCCAAAACUCCAGCUCACUACAACCCAGGAAGUCGGAGUUUGCCAAACAGUCUCCUCAGUGUGCACGAAUGUCUCAGAUCCUGACUAAGAGGUGGAGGCACAUGGGUGGGACACUGAAAUGCUCCUAAAUAUCAAUAUUAAUGUGUUUCACUGAAUUGGGACUGUCUAUACUGUAUUCUUAGAGAGUAUCUUAGAGAGUAUCUCAAAAAAGAUGGAAAAGAUGUCAACAAUUGCAACGGAUUUCUUUGGGACAGGUAAUCAUCCGACAGCACACUUUUGUUAUUAAGCUGACUGGAACAUAAUAAUUUGGUGGAGCAGAAGUAACAGUGUGCACAUAUACCCCAAAUUGAGCCCAGAUACAGGACGAAGUACACACCCAUACCAAAAGGAAAAAUAUACCCAAUAGAUAUUUCAAACUCCCAAGAAGUUUUAUUACUGCAGUUUUUCAACUGAUGGGGCAAUUUAUCAACCAAAGUCUAUGUCGGGCAGAUGAGAUCCUUAUGAACUUUCUGUAUACCCCCCCCCCUUUUCUCCUAAUUGUAUUUGGCCAAUUACCCCACUCUUCCAAGCCGUCCCAUUUGCUGCUCCACCCCCUCUGCCGAUCCAGGGAGGGCUGCAGACUACCAAAUUCCUCCUCCGAUACAUGCAGAGUUGCCAGUCGCUUCUUUUCACUUGACAGUGAGGAGUUUCACCAGGGGGACGUAGCACAUGGGAGGAUCGCGCUAUUCCCCCAGUUCCCCCUCCCCUGGAACAGGUGCCACAACUGACAAGAGGAGGCGCUAGUGUAGCAACCAGGACACAUACCCACAUCCAGCUUCCCAUCUGCAGACACGGCCAAUUGUGUCUGUAGGGGCACCCAACCAAGCCAGAGGUAACACAAGGAUUUGAACCAGUGACCCCUGUGUUGGUAGGCAACAGACUAUACUGCCACGCCACCCAGACAUCCUCUUUCUGUACACUUUUAAUCGCCUGGAUUAUAAUCAAGUGAAUUAGUAAAAGCUAAAUCCCUAAAGAUUUAUAUCCUAACAAAUACCUGUUUCAGUUAUUUCUAUGCAUAACAAACAGGAAUAUUCAAUUCAUGAAAGCUUUGGUACUUGUCAAAGUCCUUACCAAUAAGCCAGUGGCAAAGCUGUCCCCGUUGGAGCAAAACACAGAGGAAUAAGGCAGGAUGAAGCUAAGCUGUUUUGACUAACAAGCAGAUGUGCACUUUUUUCAAGAUACCACUACCUUAAAUGCUAAAACUUAGUUUUACCAUGUUUUUCUUUCUUGUUUUGGGAGGAAGGUACUGACAUAACAGAAGUUCUAGUUGACAGGUCUGAACUUUAUUUCAAUAAAGGUCAAAUGAAACAGUUACUGUGAAUGGGUGACCUAACAUACAAAUCAAAUGAUGAUCAAGUUUGCUUUAAUAAUUUACAUUUGAAAAUGUACAUUUGAAAAUUACAUGGAAAAUGUAUUUACAUUCAACAUUUUAAAAAAAAAGUAUUCUUAUUCAUUUUUGCUUUUUUUUCAAAAAUUAUAUUCAAAAAUAUUUGUUUUAUUUAUUAAAUGGUGCAGGUUA